AUGGCAUUCCGGAAACGAAACAUUGCGCUUUCGCGCGCACCGCCAGGCGAUGAUGUGCCAAGUAUACCUACAGUUGCGUCGAUAGCAUCGCCAGCGCCAGCAUCUCCCGGCGUGCGCCCCUCACCCAUCGAUGGUCGCCCCACCACCUCCACUGGCACGCCUUCACUUGAUGGCAUAUUGGCAGGUCAUGCAGGCUUGCCACUAGGCAAUUCGAUCAUGAUAGAAGAGAGUGGCACGACCGACUAUGCAGGUGCUCUGCUAAGAUUCUACGCGGCGGAGGGUGUGGUGCAGGGACACAAGGUACAUGUAGUGGGCAUGGGCGAGGUAUGGGGCAGAGAGCUUCCAGGUAUCUCAGAGGGCAAAGAGGAUAAAAGGAGAGAGGGUAAGGAGAGGGCGGAGAAGAUGAAGAUUGCGUGGAGAUAUGAGGGGUUGGGACAGUUUGAAAGUGCUCGAGGGUCUCCAACUACAGUCAAGACAGCUAGCCAAUCUGAAGAUGCGUUGGAACAAGUUUCGGUGUUUUGCCAUACCUUCGAUCUUGCCAAAAGACUUACGCUCCCGGUCGGCAGCGCAAUCAAUUAUAUCCCGAUACCUCGACCCACAUCAGCCACCUCUUCGCCUUUCCCAUCGAUACUGCAGAAUCUGCAGAGACAACUUGCCUCAACACCAUUGCAUAUGGUGCAUAGACUCGUGAUACCGUCGCUCCUCUCGCCCGCCUUAUAUCCACCGUUUGCAGCGCAUCCCAACUUCAUACUCCAAUUCCUACACGGCCUCCGAGCUUUGCUCCGGCAAUAUCCCACACGCCUUACUGCAAUCUUCACCCUCCCAUUGUCGCUCUAUCCAAGGUCGUCAGGGGUUGUUCGCUGGAUGGAGAUCCUUUCUGAUGGUAUUCUCGAGCUAUCGCCGUUCCCCUACUCGCACAGGCAAGCUCUUGCGCAAUCAGCGGGUACGACAAAAGACGAAGAGAGACCACAAGGCAUGCUCGAUGUGCACAAACUGCCAGUGUUCCAUGAAAAAGGCGGCGGCGGAGGGGCAGACGACCUGGGGGAAGAGAUGGCGUUCACGUUGAGUAGACGAAAGUUUGUGAUUGCCAAAUUCAGCCUGCCCCCAAUGGAAGGUGAUACGGAGGCGCAGGAGCAGGCGGUCAGGGAGGCAGCCGGUACGAGCUCGAUGCCGAAGAAGGAGGAUCUGGAGUUUUAG